GGUCACGUGACAGUCGGGGAGCGUUGAUCCGGAAGGUGGGGGGAGCCGAUGUUCCUGGGACUAUUCCAGCUUGCCUGCAUUCCUCCUCUGGCUGUAGCCUACCCGAGAGAGACAGAGAAGGCAGAGAGGGGGAGAAAUCACAAAUGAUUAUUCAAAGGCGUAUUGGAUUUAUGUUUACCAUCGACGCGGCUCGCUCUGGACACAACAACGGGGCUAGGCCUUGAAAAUGGCCACAUCUUCGUGAUUGGAUUUGCAAAUACUGGAGAGGCGACUUUGGAAAUGGUGGAUUUUAUUUUCUUGAUGUUUCUAUACAAACCUUAAAACAAAACGAGCGUUGGAAAUAACCUCCAGAUCCCCUUUCGAGGCGAUUUCGCUUUUUUUCACGAGGAUCGCAAGAUGGCUGAUGACAGCUACAUUUAACAAGGACAGAAUAUAGCGACGGCCCCUUUAAGAUUAAUAGAAGGGUAUAUUUUUGUAGGCCUAUUUGUUCACAAAUUAUGUAUACUGAUUGUAUGUGAUAGUAACAGCCUUCUGCUUGUUACAAAUAGUGCAUAAUGGUGUAUUAAGAAAUUUAUACACGUGCCAGAAAAAUGGUGAAGGGAUGUCUGACAGAUGUAUAAGAUUUAAUCAAGUGGAGAUAUGUUGUUGGCUAAAGCUCUUCUGACAACUGACCAAAUUCGUCUAGGAGAGACCAAAGAUAGGAGGCCGGAACAUAUCUUUGGUUCGAGAGACCUUCGAUAGAUCUGUCGGUGGAACCCAAAGGCUCGCAACAGCAGCCAACAUUCCAGCGGAUUCUAAAAACCCUUUGUUUUGUGCGCAUGAACUGGAGUCGCCUAUUAUACGAUUAACUAUGCAGUACAUAGCUUUUAAAUGAGGCCUUGUCUAUGAUAUUUUUUUCGUAAGCCUAAAAUCUGGUCAUAAGCGACAAAAAACACUAAAGUGAGAGAAGUCGGGGCCCUGUGUACAGAUAUGUGAGCGUUGUCUGUGCCACAUAGCUGACGUUUUAAGCUUCAUGGAACAAAUAAGCAGUUAGUAUGUCGCUAUUGUGUGGAUCAAAGUGCGUCGCAACGUGAGGCAAUGUUUAUUGAAGGGCUAAGGAUACUUGUCACAUGAUUCUAAUCUCCAAAUCCGAAUAUUAUCUUUUUAUUUCAGCGGUUGUCCACUAGCUGGUUAGUGUGUUUUAAUGUACGGUUAAUGCUCCCAAAAUAGACCGUCUAAAAUUGGGGAAGCGGACGAAAGCGCUGUGAGCUUGGAAUGCAACGUUUAUUUGAACAGCCGUUUCGUCAACCCUGAGGAAACUAUUGAUUCAAAGAUAAACCGUGAGCUGGUUCUAAAUACGUGGGCCUACCAAGGGUGUGGAGAAGGGGCACUUUAGAAAACGCGAUAUAUUUUUCAUUUUAGGGUGGAUUUUUCGUUCUGAUUCGGUCUGCCACCGGUCAAACCGAGGUUGAAGUUAGACUGUCAACCGAAUGUAUGUCAUUAACAACUAGCAGAGAUUCGUUAACCUGUAAACUAAUAAGUAAGCCGGUCGCUGAGCCAUACAUUGUGAUGUUUAAACCUGGUUGCUUGGUGUUUGUUGCCAGAUACGCCAACAAGGUGAUUAUUCAUGCGUGGAAGCUGACCGUAACUGUGUGAUAAAGAGAGAAGUGGAGCAGCCUUUUACUGUCAUUUGCGUAACGUCAGGCCUAAAGUGUGUUGUAAUAACAACGAUGUUGUCGUCAUAGUUGCUCGAGGCCUCUGCUCCUGUUCUGGAAUUUGCCUACCUGUUCGAGCUUGGAAUUAAGCAAUAUACGUUUUCAGUCAGGGAGAAAGACAGUUUCUUGUCCACAAACGACAACUUUUUUUAAUAUACCUAUAUCUUUUACAAAAGGUCCCGUAUUACAGUAUUUUUGUGUGUGAAAGUAGAUCACUUUGUUUAUAUCCAAGAGGGCUUGCCUCCAGGUAGAGACAAGACAAAACAAAAACCUGCCACAGAUUUGCAUGCCUGCCUCCAACAUGGCGUCUGACUCGGCUGAAACCUGGAGGAAUUGUUUUGAGGAGGAGCUUAUCUGCCCCAUCUGCCUCCACGUGUUCUCCGACCCCAUCCAGCUGCCCUGCAAGCACAACUUCUGCCGGGGCUGCAUCAGCGAGGCCUGGGCCAAAGACUCCACCCUGGCCCGCUGCCCCGAGUGCAACCACGCCUACACCCAGAAACCCACGCUGGAGAAGAACCACAAGCUGUCCAACAUCGUGGAGAAGUACAACGCCCUGAGCGUGGAGAAACCCGCCCCGCCCGCGCUGCAGUGCAUCCUGUGUCGCCGCGGGCCUCCCCUGCCGGCCGUGAAGGUGUGCCUGCGCUGCAACGCCCCCUGCUGCCAGUCCCACGUCCAGACGCACCUGCAGCAGCCCUGCUCGGCGCUGGGCCACCUGCUGGUGGAGGCGGAGGCGGUGAAGGCGUGGACGUGUCCGCAACACGACGAGUACCGGCUGUACCACUGCGACGCGGAGCAGACUGCCGUGUGCCAGUACUGCUGCUUCGCACGCUGUCAUCCCAGCCACGGCCACGCCGUCACCGACGUGGAGCUGCGCCGCAACGACAUCAGGCAAACCCUCCUGAGGCAGCAGGAGUGUGUGGAGGAGAGGGUGCAAGACAUUGAAGAGCAGCUCUGCAAGCUGGACUCAGACAAGUGUGUGGUGGAGGACCGUGUGUGUGAGCUGAAGGAGGAGGUGCGUCUGCAGUACCAGCGCAUGCAACAGUUGCUGGAGGAGGACCUGGGCCGGACCCUGGAGGUGCUGGACCGCGCCCAGGCCCGCUUCUGCCAGGACAACGCUGCCCAGGUGCUGCUGCUGGGGGAGCAGAGGCACGAGGCCCAGAAGCUGCUCCGCUCCGUCCAGACCGCAUUCAGCAAGGCCGAAGACCUCAGCUUCAUGAAGAACACCAAGCCUGUCAGGAUCCUCACCGACAGGUCCCAGGCAUGUGUGGGCAGUGCGCUGCCACCAUACAGGGUGGGCAGUCUGAACUCCAAGCUGUUCCUGGCAGAACUCUCCAAGAGGGAGAAGGGCCUGAGGAGAACCCUGGAAGCUCCCCUCACCCCUCCCUCCUCCUUCCUCCAGUCCGUCUCUGCGUAUCCCAGCGGCCUCGGCUCCGGCUCGGGGGCGGAGAAACGGAAACACUCGUCGGCGUUCCCGGACGGAAGCGGAAACGCCGGGAAGAACGCCACCUCCGGCUUCAAGGACUCCUCCCCCUCUUCGUCCUCACUGGCCAAACAGCCAUACCUGGGUUCUAACUCCACCCCCGGAGAGGGCCAAUCCACCAAUCAGCAGCCCUUGGGCCCUUGUGGCCCCUCCCACAUGAGCGAAGGCAGCGGGACAGGAAGUGGCAGCGGGUCUCUAACCAAUCACCAUUCAGGGUCUGUGUUCAGCUCCUCCCACUUCCCUCCCGGCAGCGGUAGCUCCUCCCAGCAGGCCGUCCUGCCCCAAUAUGGCGGCCGCAAGAUCCUGGUGUGUACCAUGGAUAACUGCUACUGCUCUGGGGUGCCCUCCGUGUCGGGCCACCGCGGCCACCCUCCCUACCCACGCACAGGCUCCUUCCCCUGGGUCAGCACCCAGGACUACCCCCCUCCCCCGGGCCUGGCCUCUGGAGGGUCGUCCAUGCAGGGCCUGGCUGUGAGGGACUGGAUCGACGCCUCACAGACACACAGACACGCAGACUUCUAUGGCCUGUAUGGACAACCCUCGGCCAAGCACUACGUCACCAGUUAACACACACACACCUAGACACACGUAGAAACACGCCCUCACCUAGACACACACACACACGUAGACACACACACGUAGAUAAACACCUUCAUCUAGAGACACACAAGAUACUCAUGCAGACACAGUAACAGUCAGCAUAUAAAUACAUACCCUUACAUGAUCUGUGGACAGUCGUAAUGUCUAGUUAACACACACAGCUACACGCACACACUCGGGGGCAGGGUUGAUCUAUAUACGAUUUUCUUUCUUUUCUACAGUCUACGAUUCAUGUAGUGUAUUAUACAUGUGUUUGACAACAGCACCUGCUCACUCUGAGGCACUUCAGCUCAACACAGCAUCUUACACUAUUAGGAGGGGACACCUGCUUUCAUCUGGGGAGAGAGAGAGAGAGAGAUCACCUCAGAUUGAAAUUGGGGAGAUACGGUCACGGGCUUUCUAAAAGCUGAGGUCACUGUUCUCCCUCUGAAGUGUCUCUGUCCAGUGGCAGUGAGGUCGGAUGCCUUAUUAGGAUUCUUCUUAUCAUCAUCCUCAUGUUUUCCUCUUCCUGUCUGACAAGGUUGUGUAGAAACGACAGUUAUUUCUGUUUCAUGUCGCUGCACUUUUGCCUCCUCCUCUGGGCCGAGGUCCGGGUCGUCUGUCCAACUCACAACGCUCUUCCAAGCUUCCCCCACACCGAACACCCACAAUGCACCUGUGGACGGUUGGAAACUGGUUGUAGAAAUCGCCUGAAGGCAAAUAUCCAAAAUGGCCGAGCCCCCCCCCCCCCCCCCAAC